GGAAAAAAAAAACUGAGGGGAGAGGGCGGGCGAGCGGGCGGGCAGGCGGGGAAGAUGACGAGUGAGGUGGAGUGACGAGUGACGUCAGCGACUGCGCCGCUCUUGGGAUUGCCGAAGUCAUUGCUGCCGCUCGCUCUCCGUCUGUCUCUGCCUCCCCCCCCUUACCCUUUUCGUCUUUGUGCUGCCAACGGCUUCUCGGAGGAUGACCGAUUGACACCUCGCGUGGUCGUUGUCGGGGUAUUGCCACCGUCACCGCAGCUGCUGCUGCCGCCGCUGCCGAUGGUGAUACGGAUGCUGGUGGGGCUGGUGCUAAGGACGCUGCUCUGUUGAUGCCACUGCUCUGCGAAUGCUACGAACGGAGUGCGAGAAACUCGUUUGCCUCGGAAAGCAAGCAGCAAGAAGCGCUGCAGGCUAUGGCGUGCAGCCUCGUCGUACAGUCUUCGUUGUGAUGGGAUGCCUCAGCAACCAGGCUAUCAUUGGUUGAACAUAUGGACUGGAAAUCCGAAUGAAAAGCGGACUGAAGAUGCUGUGAGGGUGGAGGUGACAGCAUCAGUGUUUGUCGAGCAUGAAGAGCUUGUCGACAAUGUGUCUGACUAUAAAGCUACUUUCAUUUCGGAAGUUGCGGGAAAGGUGAGAAAUGAGUGGGCCAAUCCUGUGUGCAUGCUUCUUGUAUGAACUUCGAUACCAGUUUGUUUCUUCGAACUUGACAAACACCCAACAUCUGCUUGCUAAGAGAAGGAACAGUCUUCUCAGGUGUGCGGGUGAACUGUCCAUGUGAUUGAGCUGGGAACAUUCAACGAGCAUUCAUAUCUGAUUGGCGGCGGCAUAAAGUGGAGAUGAAUUAGUUCAACCAGCUCGACAAACAAUCGUCAGAUGGCAAUGAAACUGUGAAAAGGGGUGUUUCUUCUGAUUUCUCCAUCCGUCUGUCAUUUUCUGCAUCCUUGGUUUUGACGCGUGACAACGAAUCAGGACUGAUGUUUCUAACCAGCCUCUUCCAAUGCGCAUCAACACCUCGAACGACAUCCCGCCGCUCUAUGCAGGGAUGUCGUAGAGGGACUCGACCGACUCCAAGGAGGUCAAGUCACUCGAGGAGCAGCUCACGACAUGCUGCUGCAGGAAGUUCUUCCUCCAGACCCGUGGCCCUGGAGGCACCGAUUGAAGCGCCAUUGCCACCUGCUGAGGGGCAAUCAGAGGUUGGGCUUCCAGCUCCCGAUGAGGAGGAGGAUUUCCUGGUAAAUGUUCCGGUUCGAGAGGAGUCGAUGAUUGACAUCCCACUUGUGGAGGAAUCGGAGCUCGACACCCCAACCCGUGAGGACGCGCCGCCGGUGGUUGCCCGGACUUUGACAGAUGACACUCUUGGCAGUGUCUGUAGCGAGUGUUCUUCAAUGCAAGAUGUGAAUGAGCAAGCGGAUAGACAAGUGGAUGGGCAAGAGUCGAGUGGAUCAUCAGAUCUGUCUGUGGCGACUCACGAUGCAACCAGCGCUGAGAGUUCACCGCUGGCAGCAGACCGGCCCCAAGUGCGGGACGCAGAACCUUCAGCCAGAGCGGAACAGGAAGGAGUAGAAGAUACAGCAGGGCAGGGUGACGUAUCUGGUCGUGGUUUUGGAUCUGUGCGCAGUUCCUCCGAGGAAGAUGCCGAUGAGACUGGUGAUUAUGGAACGCCAGUCCGUGCACUGUCUGGUGGUCGUGUGACUGGGAGCAGCGGCGAGGAUAACUGCACCUUUAGCUGGAGGAUCAAGAAUUACACAGGGUUAAGGCUGAAGAAACUCUUCUCAGACGAGUUCACGGUUGGAGGAUACAAAUGGCGCCUAUCAACGCGUCCCAAGCCUAAUGUUAGGGAUGUCUCUAUCUUUUUGCAUCUGUGUACCUCCGGCUCGACAACCAAGUUCCCCUCGUCAUGGAGCCGGCUUGUCCAAAUUAGCUUCAGAGUUGUCAAUCAGUACAAUUCUGCGUACAAUUUCCAGAGGAACGGGUUUCACAGGUUCCGGCCAUACGACCCCGAUAACUAUUGGGGUUUCAAGGAGUUCAUUGCAGUCGAUGAUCUGGCACGCGGUUUUUUGGACGACGACGAUGCUUUGUUGAUCGAGGCCGAUGUUCAUCUCUGUAAGCUUGGCAGACAGAAAACAUAUCCUGAGCACGACUCUGAGCAUGUCUUUGCUGGUCACAAGGGCACUCCGUCAAGAUCGUUCUCUUCGUAUUUCAGCGGAUGGCGGAGCUCCAGUGCCAACGCCAGCAUGCACAAGAAGGCCAAGCCAAGUGCUUCUGAUGCCGAUGCAAAAUCUGUGGAAUCUGGUAAGGAUGUGGAUGCUCAAGAGAAGCAGUUUCACCUUGCUCCUCGCCUCCAGCAGCAUUUCAUUUGUCCAAUCACUGCAGAGAUUAUGGAGGACCCUGUGGUUGCGGCGGAUGGUUACACGUACGAGAGAAUUGGAAUCGAGGGGUGGUUUAUAAAACACCAGACGUCACCGAUGACGAAUCUGAAGCUCCCUCACAAGCUUCUAGUCCCGAAUCAUACCUUAAGGUCUGCAAUAAUGGAGUGGAAAUCGGCACAGGCAGGGCAGGGGAAGCAGAAGUCGUAGAAGAGAUGCACAGCAGAUUUGAUGCGAGGCACAGCUGAAUUGUUGAGAUGAUUGUAGGCGCAGAAGAGGGGGGUUUAUCACGUGUUUGUGCAGCAGAAGUCUACUGCCAAGUAGAUAGUUUAGUGAACCUUAUGUUGUGAGGAGUAACCGAUGCCCCUCGAAGAUGUACCUGUACCAAACGCUUGCUUAGAUGCGUUUUGCUGAACGCUGCUCGAAGAGAUAGGUUAUUGGCAAGGAAAGCUGUUAGGGACAUUGACACAUCCCGGAUCGGGACUGUCUUCUGGAGUAUAGCCGUCAAUAGGCUGUUUUGUUUAUCAUUUUGAUCAAAGUUUGCCUUUUCCUUUCUUCUGGUGAAGUAUGUUGAUUUGCUUAAGUUGUUCUCAACUACUCAGCAAACUGUUGUUGUUGUUUUUUCUAUUAGUAACUGAGAUAGGAGAAGUCAACCGUUCUCAGCUUUCAGGCUUUUUUUUUUUUUUUUUUGCCCGAAGUAAACAAGGAUAGAUAAAGUGCAGCUGUCUCAGCUUUGAGCUGAUAUUGAUGGCAGCAUGAAAGGUGGUACAUCUUAGGGGCCUUUCAUUCAAGGCAUUUGGUGGCGGUGCCACUACCCUAUUUUCAUUUUCAUUGGCUGGACUGAUUCUGUACAGGAAGCAAAUUCAGGAAACGAGGAUCUUGUGUCUUCUAAGCUUGCAUUGGUCCUGCCCCUUCCCCUCCCCCACCCCCACCUCCCUCUUUUUUUUUCCAUUUUCUUUUGAGAGAGACUCAGCGAGCUGUGGUCAGCCUACAGACCUGCGGUAGCCACUGGGAGGGGAGCCUAUAGACCUGAGCUGUGGUCCCCCCACCCCCACCUCCCUUUUUUUUUCCAUUUUCUUUUGAGAGAGACUCAGGGAGCUGUGGUCAGCCUACAGACCUGCGGAAGCGACUGGGAGGGGAACCGAUAGACCUGAGCCGUGGUCUCGUUCUGCUGCCCAUGGUGCCGAAGGAUGUAUCAACCUCGUCUAGUCUAGCGGGGCCUGUACAGGGGCGACGUGCGUGGGAGAGCUAUUUGUCGGUCAAUAUUUGGUCAAUGGAUUGUUUGGUUGUAGCCUUGCCGGUCUUUUCGGCAAGGAGCCAUUAGUCGGUUGACAUUUUUACGUGUUCGUUUCUUGGCCAGGUGCAUGGCUAUUAUGUCCUGAUUGCGUGGAAAUCACAAUUAUGGUGGUUACUGUGGUUGUUGUUUUGUAGCGGUCCGGUCUGCAGGACUAAGUACUGAUAUUCUCUAAGAUGAAGCACGCGUUCCGGUCUGCAGGACUGAGUACUGAUAUUAUUUAUGAUGAAGCAGGCACAAGUGUGAGACGGAUUGCCCUUGGACUGCAGACUACUGCUGGAUCGACUAUUAUUGCUCAAAGAAGCCAUCAUGGACUAAAAUUGGGAAGACUCUGAGCCGAUCGAGGUGUGUGUGCGGUCAACUUCUGCCUUGCUCGGUCAACUUCUGCCUUGCUCCUUGACAUUUUUGUUCCGUUUCGUUUUUUUUUUUUGUUUUUUUUUCCCCCUUCCGACGACUCUUCGUUGAUUUACCGUUGUAUACAGUGCAUGGUAAAAAUGAGUGAGAAGUUAUAAUGGUAUGCACGUGUAACCAAACAUCAGUAAACAGAUCAUGAGUUGGAGUCCUGGUAGAGUAUGAAUGAUACAAUAAUGUUAGGGUGUACCCCUUUAAAGUUAAAACAAAUACAGAGCAUGACAAAGUUAAGGUGAGCUUCAGUGACUGGUUGCAAAGUUAUAAGAUGAUGCAGAGUCGCCACGUGGGCAUGACACAGAACUUGGUGUCAAGGUUGAGUGUGUUGUCGUGUGGGAUCUUUUUCGCCGCAGUCGCAAACAACUGUUUCUCUCCUUGUGAAGAUAGAUUAGUUGCGAUGUUCACUGCAAACGUAACACAAACACAGCACCUUGCAGUGAGAUGGUGCCAGCUGCGACUGGCGUGAUCAGCUGGGACACG